UUUUCAGUCAUGUGUAUCCCCCAAUGUCUAACACCUACUGAUUUACGUAUAAUGCAGCCUGGUGUGCCUACGGAGGCAUCCGUUUCCGGAGGCGGCUGUUUCCCGUCACGGGUCACUCUGACUACUCGGAGAUGACGAACCACCUUCAGGCCGGGGGAUUUGGUGUUGCCUGACCACAAGGCAUCAGGAUUGAUUCAGCUCUUGGGUUGGAUUGAGGAAGCCUAAAUUGCGUCUUUUUUAAGUCGUCAAUAUGUAAGCAUAUACAAAGAUAUAUAUGAUGUCCAACCCUCCAAGUCAGCCGGUCGCAAUUUUGUCCCUCCGUCUCACUCAAGGUCCUCGCAUCUCGGAACGGUGAAUUCAGCUUUGCCCUAAUUUCCAACAAACCAUCGAAAGUCACACAUCGCGUGAAACAGAGGCGCACACAGUACAAUGUCUGUCACCGAAAUCGGCUGCAUGCGCGUCAAGCCUUCACUCGAUGUUAUGAACGAAGAUAAUCCUGAAGGACAGAUCCUGAGCAAGCUGUACAACUACGUGGUCGUCGCACCGGGGGGCCCACUUCGCGUAUCUUGGGGUGUCGAGGUUGAGGAUCCGUCCUACCUCUGGGCAUUCUUUGACUGGGACUCGCUAGAAGCCCAUGAAAACUUCGCUCGAACACUGGGCCAAGAAGCUGUCAAGGACUUACCCAGGAUCCUGACUCGUGGCGGAUUCACGAAGCACAUUACCGCCACGUCGACUCUGCCAGCUACACUGCAAUGUGCAGUCACCCAAGUAGUCCUGGCGUACUUUGCUUCGGAUCUGCCACCCACCGUGACAGACGCAGCGAUUGCACGUCUCAAGGAUUGGGAAGAGAAUGAGAUUGAGAAGGUCCCGGGCAUUGAAGCUCUGAGCUACGGAUGGGGCGUAGAGAAGGACUUUCCCAUAAGAGACUGCUCACCAGACCAGAGAGCAUCAAUCUUUCUGUCCGUGUUUGGAUUCGAUGAUGUUAAUGCGCAAAGAGAUUUUCGGGGGUCCUUGGCCUUCGAGGAAUUGUUGAGGCGGAUCCAGGCCACGGAGGGAUUCGUCAAGCUGGAGGUUUUCUCCGUCUGUUUCCGGUCCACGAGCAGACACAGUUAGGGUGACUCCCGGGAGAUGUCAUUUUUCUCACACAGGGGGUUUCCCCUGUGAAAGCGCAAAUAUCAGUAUCGCCUAGGCAAUAUGAAUUCUCUCAAUAGAACACAAUCGGCGGGUUGUAUCUGACUCCUUAGCAUGACAUUGCGAGCUCUCAGGUUUGAGGGGGUCCGACCAUCCAUUGGGCAAGUGGGAAAUUGUUGCAAGUAUCGGCCUGACAGGCUGUCCUAUGCUAGGUACUAUUCCGCUCCCCACUUCCCAUGAUGCGAAUUAUGUUCAAGGUCUCUACAAAAUGGCGUGGCACAUUUCACUGAAUAGGAGAGAAGAACAAAGAAACAGGUAUAAUUGAGAAGAAAGGAACAGAUGACAGACUCCGGGUUAAGUUCGUCGCCUAUCUAUAUUGAUUUAGAUCGAAUGAAGUCCUUCAGCUCAG